UCAAUUGGAUCUCACUGAAAUAGACAACUACAAUGGCCAAAUAUGGUCUGGUUAAUCUCUUGAUCCUCCUUCUCAACUUGGGUACUUUGCUUUCUUCUCUUGCUUGCCCCUACUGUCCUUACCCAACUCCACCCUCUAAGCCACCCAAGUAUCCUCCCAAAUUUCCACCCAAACACCCACCGAAAGUAAAGCCACCUGCUCACCAUAAACCACCAAAGCCACACAAGCCUCCUGUUGUCAAACCACCCAAGCCUCCUGUUGUCAAACCACCCAAGCCUCCUGUUGUCCGCAAACCACCCUGUCCACCCAAGCCACCCAUUGUGAAACCACCAACCAUACCCAAACCUCCCUAUGUACCCAAGCCACCCAUUGUGAAACCACCAACCAGACCCAAACCUCCCCAUGUGCCUAAACCACCAAUCACACCCAAACCCCCAAUUGUGCAUCCACCCUACGUACCAAAACCUCCUAUAGUAAAGCCGCCACCUUUUGUACCCAAACCUCCGGUUGUAAAGCCACCACAUUUUCCAAAACCACCAAUCAUUUUCCCACCAACACCACCAAAGCCUCCAGUGACCCCAAGACCACCCUACUAUCCAAAACCACCCUACUAUCCAAAACCACCUGUAACCCCAGCACCACCCAAACCUCCUGUAUCUCCAACGCCACCAACUUUACCUCCAAAGCCUCCAGUAACUCCAGCACCACCCAAACCUCCUGUAACUCCAACACCACCAAUUUUACCUCCAAAGCCUCCAGUAACCCCAACACCACCCUACUUUCCAAAUCCGCCUGUAAGCCCGGUACCACCCAAGCCUCCUGUAACUCCGACGCCACCAAUUUUACCUCCAAAGCCUCCAGUGACCCCAACACCACCUUACUAUCCAAGUCCACCUGUAACCCCAGCACCACCCAAACCUCCUGUAAUUCCAACACCACCUAAGCCUCCAGUAACCCCAACACCACCUUACUAUCCAAGUCCACCUGUAACCCCAGCACCACCCAAACCUCCUGUAAUUCCAACACCACCAAAGCCUCCAGUGACCCCACCAGUAAAACCACCAUCACCACCAAGUGAAAAACCAUGCCCUCCUCCACCUCCGAAGCAAGAGACUUGCCCCAUUGACACUCUCAAGCUAGGAGCAUGUGUCGACGUCCUAGGUGGUCUAAUACACGUCGGUAUAGGCAGCAGUGCUAAGGACGCUUGCUGUCCAGUGCUUCAAGGGCUUGUGGACUUGGAUGCAGCUUUGUGCCUUUGCACAACCAUUAAAGCUAAGCUUCUCAACAUCAAUAUUAUCAUACCCAUUGCACUUGAGGUCCUUGUUGAUUGUGGGAAAACUCCACCGCCGGGGUUCAAGUGUCCUGCCUAAGAUAUAAAGACUAGAAGAGCAGCAGAGUGAGCUACUGAGGACAGAGGAGCUACCUGCUUUGAAGUUAUCGGGUAUAUUUUAUACCCUGACUGUAAAAAUUCAUUUUGAUGUAUGUAAUGCACGUAAAUGUAUGGACAUGUAAAAUUGGUCUUGAGCAGCUUGUAUAAAGUUUGUAAUAAAUUUUAGUUUGAAUUUCUUUUAAUGUAAAUUUUUGUAAUGAUGUAUAUAAAUUAUUUUAUCUUUAAUGAAAUAUGAAUGGAAGUAUUUUGUUUUAAAUUGAAUAAAA